AUGCAUCAAGCUCGCCGAGCCCAACCGAUUGCGGAGUAUCGCCAAGGAGGCUUCUAUGAGCAGCUUGAUACGGCUGGUGCCACCAAGAUUAUUGUGCCCCGGAACUUUGGUUUCUUCAUAGCCCAGUGUUCGCGUUCUCAGGUCGUUCCCUGGCGGGACGAUAGUUGGGCGUUCCACGAUAAGAAGUUAGCAAAGACCUACGAUAUUUAUGACGAGCUGUUUUCCGAGUCGGAGGAUCUUGAGUACUAUAGCGACGACGAGCACAAGAGUAACGAAAGUUCACAGUGGAAACACUGGAAAUGGAACAAAGAUGGCAUCCAGGACGUUGGAUUGAUGAUCAUGGGGAGAGUGGGGAAAGAGAUGACUGCGCCCGCCAUGUACACCUUUUACAGCGGUCAAAGGGAGGAAGUAUAUCAUUUACUGCAAGAUCUUGCAUGGGCAGGAGUAUGGCACGACGACCUCCGCUUAUCCCAGAUUGUGCGACGCAAGCCGACCGUAGUGUGCCCUCGUCAUGGAUACGCACAUCGCUGGCGAAUCAUAGACUUCGACCGUGCUUGCGCUAUAACCGCAGUGGAUGAGGAACGGGGUUUGUUGGCCAGAGUGUCGCACCAACUCUUCAAGUUGCCUCUAUUUUGGGGUGGCGAUGAAUAG